AAUAGUUCUAAUAACCACUGAGUAGUAGUACAAAGGUCACUUGGUAGUAGGUUUAAUGGUUUUGCUUAUUUAUUUGCUGUGUUUUUAAUUUUUGCAAGUUUCGUAUCAUAAUUUGGGAAAAAUCGUUAUAUUUUAUAAGGUUUAUAAGACUUGGGCAUAAUUCUUAAUUAUGUUGUCUUUAAUUGCCAAAAGGGCCACCAAUACCAUCUUGCCACAAUUCAAUAACUGUUCAGGAGGCACUAAUUUUGUAAAAAGCAUCGCCAAAAUGUCUCAUCAGGCUUCUUAUGAAACCUUAUCUGUAACAGUGCCUUCAGAAUUUGUUUACCAUGUGGAACUUAAUCGUCCCGAUCAACUAAACGCUAUGAACAAAACCAUGUGGUUGGACAUUGGACAAUGUUUUGAGAAUCUAAACACUGACGAAAACUGUCGAGUGAUUGUUUUAUCAGGAGCAGGAAAAAUAUUCACAGCUGGUUUGGAUUUUCAAGAUAUGUUGACGCUGGCGCCACAGUUAGCAGAACAAGAAGACGUGGCACGCAAAUCUAAAAUUCUUUACCAGUUGAUUACCACCUAUCAGAAAUCAAUCUCAGCACUAGAAUUAUGUAAAAAACCUAUCUUAGCUGCUAUCCAUUUGGCUUGUGUGGGAGGUGGUGUUGAUUUAAUUGCCGCAGCAGACAUGCGGUACUGCACUAAAGAUUCGUGGUUCCAAGUUAAAGAAGUCGAUAUUGGUAUGGCUGCUGAUGUGGGAACCCUCCAAAGAUUGCCGAAAAUUAUUGGUUCAGAUAGUUUAGUAAGAGAGUUGUGUUACACAGCACGAAAAAUGCCUGCAGCAGAGGCGUUAGGAUCAGGACUUGUUUCUAGAGUUUUUGAAGAUAAAGCGAGUAUGAUUGAAGGUGUUAUUGGAAUAGCAAAGGAAAUUUCCAAAAAGAGCCCAGUUGCUGUACAAGGCACAAAAGUCAGUUUGGUUUAUUCAAGGGACCAUACGGUUCAGGAAGGACUUGAUCACAUUGCCUUAUGGAAUCAGCUAAUGCUUCAAAGUGAAGACUUCACAACAGCAACAGUAGCCCAAGCUACCAAACAGAAAGAUACAGUUUUCGCAAAAUUGUAAAUUAAGCAAGAAGAUUAAAUAAUAAACAAGGUGGAAGUUU